AUGGAUAACUUCAGACAAUCCCGAGACAGGAUAUUGGACCAGGCACUUGACAUUCCUCAAUGGGCACCAAAUGUACAACAAGGAGGUGCGUUCGCUGUACCAAACCAAGCGUAUUUCGGCGGAAACACUCAGUAUAAUGCGUACCAUGAGCAUAAUCAACCCGAAUUGGAUUCCGAUGCCUUCAACACUCGUGACUCAGGAUUCGGUACUGGAGAUCCUGCACAAUCCAAUUUCCCUCAAUAUCAGCUUCCGCCGACAAUGGGAGGGGCGACGCAAGAACCUGAAUGGGAGCCAUUCGGCGGUGGUACAAUGAGAAGUCGCCUGAACGAUCCAGGUCCGAGCAACAUUGCUGGCCGCUUCUCAGAUACAGCUGGAGAUGUGGGAGUGUCUAUGCCAGAGGGUCAGCCUUCUGGAUAUGCAUUUCGGGGAGAAGCGACAUUGUCACAGUGGUAUGUCGAAAUGGGUUGCCGGGAGCCAGUCGCUGAGGAAAUAAAAUACCUAGCUCUUGCCUGUGGGCUUCGAGAAGAGAUUGUUCGACAGUGGUUUAGGGACAAAGUUGCUUCUAAUGCUAACGACGGGUUCUCGAAUGGUGCAUCAGGUGCAAUGUCUUCUCCCAUUCAAGAGCAGCUAGCUGGAUGUUGUUUGCCACCGACCACCAAUAUGAUUGUGCCAGUUAUCCCGCAAACGGGGUUCGUCGCCACAGCUGCCUCUCAGCCUUUUGAGACAGGGCAACGAUCAAUUCGAUCUCAUCUAUCCUCAGCAACAAAGAGGACGCUUGGAGAGUCAUCUCGCAUAUACGAGAAUCAUCAAACGGAUCAUUCUGAAGACGUAUCACAGCAGGUUCUUACUUCUCCGGGCAGCCAUGCUACGAAAAAAGCCAAACUUGGGCCAUCUGAGGCCAAGCCUCUUCAAUAUCAAGAAGGAGGCCGGUUAACCGUGAUCGAAAAGUAUCUGGCUAAGUCUCCAAACAGGUGUCACUCCUCGAGACAGCCAAAGAUUGCAGGACAGACAUAUCCAUGCACUUCCAUUUGUGGACGAUCUUUCAGCAGACCAGGUUGCUGGGAAAAACAUGAAGAGCUUAAUCAACCUCAGCAAUUCUAUAUUUGCUGUUUAUGUCGUACACAAAGCACAUCUGAACCUUUCAUACACCACCGGAAGGACAGGUUGGAAUAUCACAUGAAGGGUGCACAUCCGGAUGCCGAAUCACACCUAGUCAAUCAGUCUCUGGUUGAAUAUCCACCCAGGUUCCAGGAGAGGUGCGGGUUCUGUGGGUUUUCUUUUGGUUCGUGGAAGGAGCGAUGCGUUCACGUACGUGCGCAUUUUGAUGGUAAGAUUGACAAGCGAUCCGUGGACGACUGGCAGAAUCCCUGGGUUGAUCCCCAAGAAGAAAGCUCUCCGCCUGACGAACGCCCGGAUGGUCCACCAGAUGACGAUCCUAAUAACCCUGACAGUUCAUCUGGAGAUGCAGGUGCUGGUGCAUCAAACCAAGAUCAAGGUGGUGGUUCUGGUUCUGGUUCUGGCUUCGGUUCGAGCUCGGGUAAUGGAACUGGAACUGGAUCUAGCUUUAGUUUCGGGCAGAGCAUUUUGAGCUUCGGACAAUCCGGCGGGCCGUCGAGGCCUGAUAUUGGAGCUCUCUGGUCGUGUUGUGGCACGGAAUCCUGUUGCCUUCGUCAUAGCGAUGCAUCAGGUCACAAAGGUGAUCAUGAGGGCCGAAGUCCCAAGUUAGGUACACUAUUCCAUAGGCUUGACAUACUUGGCUGCGGGUCUCACUCCGUUGUCGAGAAGGUCCAGCAUUUUCCUACUGGUCGGACGUUUGCAAGGAAGACGUUACGCAAUCCAGGCAAGGGUACCUCGACCAUUCAGCAAUUCCUGGCGGAAGUCGCAAUCAUGAAGCGCUUAAACCAUCGACACAUCAUUCGAUUUGUUGUUGAGUACGCCGACCGUUUGUCACGUCAUGUUGUCAUGAGUCCGGUGGCGGAGCAUAACCUCAAAGAGUUCAUCGAAUACCCAGAAUCGUUGCCGCAUAACCGCUUUCUCCUCAAGUCCAUCGGAUGCUUGGCUUCAGCACUGGCCUACCUUCACUCUAUCCGCGUCAGACAUAAAGACAUCAAGCCACAAAACAUUCUUGUCAAAGAUUCCACCGUCCUCCUCUCAGAUUUUGGCAUAUCGAAAACGUGGUCAGAUACCCAAUCCAUGUCCGAGAGUAUCAGUGCCAUGACGCCGAUGUAUGCUGCCCCCGAGGUUGCUGCACACGAGAGACAUGAUACCAAAGCAGAUGUCUUUUCGUUGGGCCUCGUUUUCCUAGAAAUCAUCGCGGUCACCCAUGAAGGGUCAGUCAACAGGCUCCGGAGCUAUCUGAGCUCCUCUCAAGACUACUCCAUGACGCGCAAUGUGGAUACCAGCAAAAAAUCCUCGAGAAAGCCUAAGGUCAAGCCAUACUAUGCAAACAUUCGUCCAAUACUCAAUUGGAUCAUCUCCUUACGUUCUCACUGCGUAGCUGGGAUUCUAGUCCUGUUGGAUCUCUGCCAUUCAAUGGUGCAACGGGACCCUAUCGCGCGACCGACCGCGUUUGGAUUAACUCAAAGUGUACCUUCUGCGUUCAUGUGCGAUUGGUGUUUGCGUGGCAUCCGGCGAGAAAGGGAUUCUGUGAAAAUUCAAUUCCAGAUCGCCCUGCCAGAUCCGUUUACGAGAUCGAAAUCUUCUCGGUUUCCCCCAGAAUUCGUUCUACCUAAGGCCGUUUCCAUGUUAGCUCACGAUUUUUCCAUUCAUUCCAAGGCCAUGGUUCGAAUGUGUGAUAUCUCAUUGGUCAAGCUGUUUGCGGGAGCAAUCUACCCAUGCAAUUCAAAUUCCCCCUCGGACGUUGGUUACAUCAUCGGCCGAAGGCCAUUGUUCUUUGGCACUUUGCUACAGCGGAAGCAAGACGCCAAGCGGGUGUUCGAUAUGUGGAGCUCGUUCGAAGAAUCAGCGCGAAAGCGCAACCAAGAUCCUCCCUCCGCGCAGAAUCCCUCGCAAUCUAAAUUGUCUUUAAUCGGAUCACUUGAUCCAGACGGCGACCUUUCCGAAUUUGGGGCAGAUCUGGACCACCAAGCUUGGGACUGGAUAUCAUCCCAGGAUCAGCUAAUGAUCGAUUUGAGAGGAAUGCUUCUCCCUGAAGAUCCUUCCAGUUGCAAGAUACGAAGAAAUUCGGAUUUGGGACCGAUACUGGGUUUUGGUAAUCUGUCGUUUAUCGACACCACCAACGCCGAGUUUCGCUGGUGGGAUAUCAUGGGCCAGCCAGGGCAGGACGAGGCUACCCGAGAUCCACAAGUCUCCGCUCGUCGACCUGAGAACAUCGACGGCGGUGCAGCGGGCUCCACUCAAGGCCCCAGCUGCCCCUACCACGCUCCAAUUCUUCGUAUGGAUCAAGCACAGGAUCCGCAACGCCAAGGUCCUCUGCGUCGAUUCCUCAACGAAGGAGUUGGGGAGCAGGCCGCCCUCUUUAUCCGUCCGGAUAACGGGAAAUUGUCAACCUCACGACACUGUACUUGCGCUGCAUCGAUCCAGCACUAUGCCUAUCCUGCAGAGCUGGAUGAAGACGCCUUGAGCAAAGACAGUGGAAGAGAAGAUGGAGGCAUUGAAAGCAAGAAGAGCAAACGUACAGUCAUGAAGGAGAAACAGGGAGAGCGCAAAAUGAAGUAG